GCCCGCAGAAGGCUGCAGUCAUUUCAUCAGACAGUUUGAAGAUGGAAGGGGAUCAUAUACUGGGAAUUUUGUACUGAAAAGGACACACAGCAUCAGCUCUGCUAGGCAACAGUGCCUUGGAAUAUCGAUAGGCUAUCGCACACAUCAGUUUAAUCAUAUCGCAAAUAACGAACGUUCAGAGAAAUUCUCCGCCGGUUUCAAUCAUUUUUACUAUACAAUUUUAGACACAAUCAUGUUUAUGUUUAUUUGGACAACUGCAUUGCUUUUUAAUGUUCUGUCAAUGUAUACCAGAAUUGCACAUUCUAUUGAAAGUGAUUUUUGCAUUCCUCAUAGGCUGGAUCACCCAAAUUCUGCAAAAUACAAUUUUGUUAGCAGCGAGGAGGAAGCACAAGUAGCGAUUUUUAAAAUUAACGCAUUCAAACAGGAGUUUGUUCUCAGUUUGCAUCCAGAUACCAAUUUCCUUGCUCCUGCCUUCUUUGAUCAAAGCGAUGUUUCAUCCCAAAAUACCGGUGCAAGCUCAGAUCUGAGUCGGUGCUUCUACUCUGGGGUUGUUAAUUCUGACCGGGAUUCAUAUGCAGCCGUGAGUCUGUGCAAAGGUAUUCAAGGCGCUUUUUGGUACAAAGGGUGGGAAUAUUUCAUCAAUCCAGUACAGAAUGACACGGCAUCAGAGCACACUGGGAACGCGGAAAGACCGCACUUUCUUCGCCGGCGAAGCAAUGCGCACGACAGCGGCAAUUCAACUUCUAGGUGUGGAGUGGACUCUGGUUUGAACCAGGACGUUUUGCAGUCUUUGGAAAAAUAUAAACACAUGCACGGACACUUCAAUGGGAAUGUGACUGAAACGGUGCUAAAAACCUUGGGUCGCUCGAAAAGAUUUGCUUCCAUUCCCAGAUAUGUGGAAGCCCUCAUCGUUGCCGACGAGUCCAUGGAGAAAUUCCACGGGGACGACCUUAAACAUUACCUUUUGACCCUCAUGUCAGUGGCGGCCAAGCUUUACAAGCACCCCAGCAUUCUCAAUUCCAUCAACAUUGUGGUCGUCAAGUUCAUGGUCAUUAGCGAAGCUGACAAAGGACCCAAAAUUUCCGGUAACGCAGCUAUGACUCUGCGAAAUUUCUGCACUUGGCAGAAAAAGUUGAACAAAAAUAAUGACAAGCAUCCCGAGUAUUGGGAUACCGCGAUCCUUUUCACCAAACAGGACCUGUGUGGAGCCUCAACCUGUGACACUCUGGGCAUGGCAGACGUAGGCACCAUGUGUGACUCCAAGAGGAGCUGCUCUGUCAUUGAGGAUGACGGGCUUCCCUCAGCGUUCACCACAGCACACGAACUGGGACACGUCUUCAACAUGCCACAUGACAACGUGAAGGCCUGCGAAGAGGUCUUUGGGAAGAUGAAGGACAACCACAUGAUGUCCCCUACGCUGAUACAAAUCGACCGCACCAACCCCUGGUCCGCCUGCAGUGCGGCCAUCAUCACUGACUUCCUGGACAGUGGCCAUGGAGACUGCCUGCUGGAUCAGCCCCAGAAGCUCCUGGCCCUGCCCGAGGUGCUCCCGGGCACCAGCUACAGCCUGAGCCGUCAGUGUGAGCUGGCGUUCGGUGAGGGGUCCAAGCCCUGUCCUUACAUGCAGUCCUGCACCAAGCUGUGGUGCACCGGCAAGGCCCGGGGCCAGCUGGUGUGCCAGACCCGCCACUUCCCCUGGGCCGACGGCACCAGCUGCGGAGACAACAUGGUGUGCGUCCGGGGGAUCUGCACCAACAAGCAGGAUGCUACCAAGGACAAGGUGGAUGGACGAUGGGGCAAGUGGGGUGCGUUCGGCCCCUGUUCCCGCACCUGUGGUGGGGGCGUGGAGCUGGCCAAGAGGGAGUGCAAUAACCCUGUGCCGGCCAACGGCGGAAAGUACUGCCAGGGAGUGCGUGUCAAGUAUCGCUCGUGCAACCUGAACGCCUGCUCGGAUGCAGGUAAAAGCUUUCGGGAGGAGCAGUGUGAGGCCUUCAAUGGGUUCAGCCUCAACACCAACAGGCUCACCCCAUCCGUGACAUGGGUCCCCAAAUACUCUGGGGUUUCCGCCAAGGACAAGUGCAAGCUCAUCUGCAGAGCCAAUGGAACAGGCUACUUCUACGUCCUCGCUCCAAAGGUGGUGGAUGGGACUCCCUGUUCCCCGGACUCGUCCGCUGUCUGUGUGCAGGGGAAAUGCAUCAAGGCCGGCUGUGACGGAAAGCUGGGCUCCGACAAGAAGUUCAAUAAGUGCGGUGUGUGUGGGGGGGACAACCGAAGCUGCAAGAAAGUCUCAGGGCUCUUCACCAAACCCUUACAUGGCUACAACUUUGUGGUGAUGCUUCCCGUUGGCGCCUCGAACGUGGACAUCCGGCAGCGGGGCUACAAGGGCAUGGUGAGUGACGACAACUACCUGGCGGUGAAGAACAGCCAGGGCAAGUACCUGCUGAACGGAAACUAUGUGGUGUCGGCAGUGGAGAGGGACAUCAUCGUGCGCGGCAGCCUGCUUCGGUACAGCGGCACGACCACCGCCACGGAGACGCUCCAGGCCGCCAGGCCGCUCUUGGAGGCUCUCACCGUGGAGGUGCUCUCCGUGGGAAAGAUGACUCCUCCGCGCAUCCGCUACUCCUUCUACCUGGCCAAAGAGAACAAGGAGGACAAGCUCCUGAAGAAGGAGGGCCGGGCCCACUCUCAGAACAGCGUGCUCGCCGAGGCGGACAAGAUGGAGCUGAAGAAGGCCUCGUACCGGAGGCCGGCGCUGAAGUGGACGGUGGCCAGCUGGGACGAAUGCUCGGUGACCUGCGGGAGCGGGCUGCAGAGGAGGCUGGUGCAGUGCCUGGACCUGGACGGGCAGGCGGCGUCCGACUGCGAUGCUGCGCAGAGGCCCAACGCCAUGAGGCCGUGCGGGGACCCCUGUCCCAUGUGGGACGUGGGGGAGUGGUCCUCCUGCUCCAAAACCUGCGGGAAGGGAUUCAAACGACGGGUGCUGCGAUGUGUCACCCAGACAGGCUUGCUCUUGCCUCGGGAUCACUGUAUUGGUAAACGAAAGCCACAGGAACUGGACUUCUGCAAAUUACCUCCUUGUUAAUGAUUCCCCCUCCCAUCAUUUCCAACAGACACUUGCUUUAUUUUUUGUUAAAAUGUAUGCAAAAAACAAAACAACAAAAAAACUGAUUAACGAUCCAGAACCUUGUUUGUUCUGGUGCAUCUGCUUGCAACAUGGGCCACAUGAAAGGAAAAUAUGAAACAGGGUAAGGGUGUAACAGUGCCAGAGGUGUAUGAGCGAGAGGUACAAACUGUGGGCCCAAUUGUUUCAUUCAUAUGGAGUUGGUGUUACACAGAGACGUCUACCUCUGAUCAUAACUGAGCAAUAAAGCACACAAGCUCACACACGCAACACAUAUACACCUGUUACAUGCGAAUGUGCCCUAUAUCUAUUUGUUUAAUGUGUGAAUUUUCUCUACUCUUGACAAAGACCAAAGUAAAGAAUACAACCCAAGUUUAAAAAAUAAGCAAAAAGCAGUUAUUUGGCAAACUGGCCUUUAAAAAAGGUUACAUUGUUAAUAUAUAAAUAUAAAUAUUCAAAAUGUGUCAACAUAGAUUUCUACUGCCACGCCUAUGCAUUUUAUACAUAUAUUGUAGAACAUAGAAAUAUAUUUUUAUAUGCACUAUGUUUUUAUAAUUACAGUAGCAUGAUCAUAAAAUCACAACAGCAAAAGCAGUAAUAACUGAUAUAUUUGGCAGGUUUGACAUAUAUUCAAUUAUUGUGAAAUACAUUCCUUACUGUAUAUUUGAAUAUUGAAUAUUUGAAAUAUUUGAACAUUUACUUUAAUAUCAAAUAUUAAUGUCAAUUUAGUUAAUAAACAGUGUCUUUCAUAUGUUUAAAAAAUCUUUCCACUUAACUGAAAAAUUUAACAGACUGAAAAAACUGUGAAGUUUUAUCUGCAAAUGUUUCUAAAUAUGGAAUUAUUAGGGCUUGGACUAGAUUCAAAUGAUAUCUUUUGGGUGGUGACCUAAGACAUGUUUAAUAGUGUAAAUUGCCAUAAACUUUUUGUAUGUCAAAGACAUACUCAAGGAUAUAUAAUAAUAGUAAUAAUAGUAAUGUUAUAUUUGGUACCACCAUUCCAAAUUACAAUGUAUUAUAAAAUGUGAAAAGCUAAUGCUGUUUCAAAUAUUCAUGGCUGGCAUAGACAAGUACAUGUGAAAUUCAUUCAGUUAGUGUGGCACAUUGAACGGACCAGCUAUGAACCCUUACAUACACUCUUUUGAUAAUGCUUUACUGUAACUAUACAUCAUGAGGCCUAGAUAACAUUGUCGAAAGCAUGACAUAACACCUCAUAAUUAUUUAUGAUGACAAAUUAUGACCAAUGUUAUAAGACCGUCAUUACUGUAUAACAUUUAUUUUUAAUGUUUUGUUAAAUUCACUGCAUACAUUAUGGUGGUGUAAAUGGCAUUGGUUGUAAGCUGUAACACACUGUCAAGUCAGGUAAUGGCAUGGGUUAUGUCCUGCUUACAUCCAUGUUAUGUGGUCUUUAUGGAACAUAGUUCAAGUAAAGUGUUGCCAUUCUUUCUGAGUCAUGAUAGAAUAGUAUAGAAGAAAAAAUUUAGAGAGUCUUAGCCUUGAGAGUCCUGGAAAUCCAGGAAAUUGUUCAGGGUAGAUGAAUACACUCUUCCUUUUGCAUAAGCAAAGAUCAUGGAAUGAUAUAGGACUUGUAUUAGUGUUCAUGUAUCUGUGCUAUCAAAGGUUAAUGAGUCAAACAUCAGGUUUCCAUGCCAUGCUUGCCUUGCACAUCUGAUAAAUAUACUUGACAUGUUUGUUUUAAUGACAAAUUAAGUAUUCACUGUCAAAUCAAUAACACUAUUGAUUUACCCAGUGGAAACAGUACUCUUAGCAAAACUCUUAAGCAAUACUGCCUGCAGGCUGGUCUUAAACUAUAACAAGAAACUGAAUUCCUCCUUGUCUGAAAAAAAUAAAGGUUUCCAGGAUAAACUCCCCUCCAUAUACAGUAUGAAGUAGAAAAACAUAAUACACUGCUUAUAUUCCCUUUAUCAGUAGAGAGAGGAGAACAGUAGAAUGUCUAUUGCAUGGUGACCUAGGCUAAAUGGUAUGCUCUGGCAUUUUGCAAUGUUAUCUGGAACAUGGGCGUGGAACAUGUCCAACAAGAGACUGAGCAGUGCUCAAUAUGUCAAUCACUGCAGGAAAAGCAAAAAAAAGGUUAAGACCAUCCUGCCAGUAUGCAAACAACAACUUAAAUAAUUUAAUGAACUGACUGACUUGCCAAAAUAAUUAAAAAAAAGAAAUGUAGGCAAUACUUUGUGGAUCCUCUGCACCCCAUUGGACAAAGGCAUUCCCUAAUCCUGCCUUGUGCUGUAAAUUUGCCAUGUACUCUUAGAUCUUUGGAGACAUGCUCUAAUGCAUUAGUCUUCUAGCCUAUUGAGUAUUUCGUUGGGUAAUACUGCACAUUGGGUCACCUUUACACGUUAAAUGAGUACGUAACUUGGUUCAAAUUAUUUAAAGUAGAAUGAUAAAUAAUGUGCAGAAAAUAUGAAAAACCCACAAAUGGACAGCAGUUAAAAAAAAAACGGCUUAAAAAACGGUUAUUUCAGACACCUGUAAGGAAACACAUGUGAAGAACCUAUUGAAAUCUAUCCAAUCUGAAUGCACUCAUUCAAUGCAAUGUUCCUCAGUAGUCUGUUCAUCAUCAUCCUCACUUUCAGAAAAUUAUAGUAUAUUCUACUUACGUUUGUGCCCCUUAUUACAUUAAAGACAUUAUGUUCAAGACAUUGUUCAAUUUCGGUAAAACUCCCUCAUUCCUGAGCUCCACUUGGGGAUUUCAGAUUUGCAGAGUAGUCCUCUCUCAUUCCAAGCCAGCAGUGCAGCUGCUAAUAUCACGCCCUGUCUGGUACAGUUGCCAUUAGUAUCUAAUUUAUUAUGAUUAAAUAAAUAAAAGUGGCAAAAGGCAUGAUGAUUUUUUUUUGGUUUGUAAUGCUGUACGUGUGUCAUCUAUUGGGACCCUGAACCCCCCCCCCCCCCCGCCAUUGUAUUUGUCAAGAUGGUUCCUGUAUUACUUGGGAUUUUAUUGUUUUCUUUUGCACAUGGUACAGCAAGAGAAUGACUUGCUCUGCACUGGCUGCAUUGUAUACUGUGUAUACACCCAUUGGGCAGUGCACAAAUAAAUAAUGUAAAUAUCUUCCUAUUUUUAUUUUUUUCUAUCACAUUUGUUAAUUUUUCUUUGUCUUCAAGGUAUUUAUUCCAAAUAAAAGUCAUUUAGAAUGUU